AACGAUGAGCUGAAAAACUUGCUUACACAAUCUCCACGAACUGGUUGCGAUUUAACCGAAAGAUAUUAUUACGAAAAACUAUUUCACAUUAUGAGGAAAUAUAAUUUACAAUUGGAGUUGGACAAAUUUGAUGGUUUAGGUGACAGACUGCGGCUUAUGGAAUGGAUUGCCUAUAAUGUGGCACAAACUAUUAAAAUCCAAAAGGAUGUAUCUUACGCGUACGUAGUAGAAUCUUUGGAUAAUAUCGCACUAGAGGUACAAAAUUAUCUGAAAGAAAAACAUCAUGAUCAUUCUAUAUUUUCAACGUCCGUUGAAACCUUUUCUUAUUGGAAAAGCAAUAAUAUAUACAAUAAUCACUGGAACGAAGUGGAAGGAAUUCAGCUUAUCGAUACACUCAACGAAUACAUGUUUAGCAAAUUAAAUUUCCGACCGUGCAAAGUGGACGAUACAAAUCUGGAAUACAUGUGUAUAGAUAAUGUAUUAAAAAGUAGAUAUGGACAAGAAAUGAUUUUAUUAAUAAUAUAUCACAGCGUGGCAAGAAGACUUGGUUUACGUUCCGACAUUAUAAGAAUCCCUGGUCGACCAAUCGCAACCCGCUGUAUAUAUUGGAAAUCCAAAUAUGGCACGAUUAAUCCAAAAAGUGAAAGAUGUUUUAGUUUUAUUUCUGAGACAUUCCCGGAUUGUCUUGUGAAUAAACUGUAUCACUGGGAGUCGCAGCAUCCAAUUUUUAAAAACUCUGUAUUCCGCGAAAGUUUUGAUGAAACAGCACGAAUUAGGAUGCGACACGAUUUAAUGCUAAGAGUUGUGGAUUUGACAUACCAUUACAACAACACUUCUCAGAUUAACGAGCGAAAUAAGAUUUAUCUACAUUGUAAUAGCCACUGUAAAAUCAAAAAACUUCGUUUAAAACAAACAUGGGAAUUCAUUAGAACAGAGGACGUAAAAUUUGCGGUAGGAAUGAUCGUAACACAUCGUGAUGAUUGCAGAAAUUGCGACGGCGUCAUAAUCGGAUGGGAUCGUCCUACAGACAGACGUUAUGAAAUUUUGACACACCAUCUACCGGAUACAGUGUUUGAUGGAGAAUCAAAUCGUACAAUUGAAAUAGCUCUUAAUUUCUUGCCGUUAAAUCACUGUCAUAAUUACGAAUUUAGAAAGAACCAAACAAAUUAUAUUAUUCUUACCGAUAAGAAUAAAAUAUGUUAUGUGAAUGAAGACAAACUCACUUUAGCAGCGCCAAAAUGGAUCGAUAAUUACGAAAUUGGUCGCUAUUUUUGCAGAUUCGAAAAUACGCAUUAUGUACCAAAUGAAAUGCUAACGAAACUUUAUCCGGAAGACGACGCUAUAAUGACAGAGAGGACAAUAUCUUCAAACCCCAUCAACACAUUAACAUUAUGUAAACGUUUAAAGAACAUUUUUCGUUUUAUUUUAUAACAAUCUACUUUUAGGAGAAAUAAACCUU